UGAAGAAAUGUCUUCUCUAAUGGCGAUUCGCUGCGCACGGAGCCAGAAGCUUGUAAUAACCCGUUCUCUGAUUCAUGUACGUUCGUCUUCUCCCCGGAUAUCUUCUCAAUUCCACCUGAACUCAAUUUCGAGCAAAAACCUGAGCACAUCCGCCGUCACGAGCGAUUAUCACCGGAAUCCUCAGUCUCCGCCGCCUUAAAGGCCAUAUUCACCUCCGGGCUUCGAUUCUCAGCGUUUCCAAAUUCAGACGAACACUAAUCAAUGGACUCCACAAAAUCCUCAACACAGUGGAUACAGGCUUCAACACGGUGGUCACAAUCCUUAAAACGGUGGAUCCGGUAACAAUUAUCAGAAUCAUGGCCAGUAUCAGAAUGUUCAUAAAAUCUCUCAGAGCCAGUAUUAUCCGCAGCGACCAAGUGUGAAUGUGAUAGCCCCUUACUGUCGAAGAGGUAUUGCGUUUGUGCAAGCUAAGAGAUAUACAGAUGCUAUAGAAUUGCUUGAUAAGGGAGCUUUGCAAGAAUGCUUCUAUUUCCUGUUUGAGUCUUGUGCGAAUCUGAAAUCGCUUGUGCAUUCCAAGAAGGUACAUGAUCAUUUCCCGCGGUCUCAGUUUAGAGGCGAUCCGAAACUGAACAAUGUGGUGAAUAGUAUGUUCGGGGAAUGUGAGAGUGUCACUGAUGCUAAGAGAGUGUUUGAUCACAUGGCUGAUAAGGAUAUGGAUUCUUGGAAUGCGAUGAUGCGUGUGUAUUGUGAUAACGGAAUGGGAGAUGAUGCGUUGUAUUUGUUCGAGGAGAUGACGAAACAAGGCUUGAAACCAAAUGAAGAAACGUUUCUUACAGUUUUCUUGGCUUGUGCUACUGUGGGUGGUGUAAAAGAAACGUUUUUGCAUUUUGAUUCGAUGGAAAACGAGUUUGGGAUUAGUCCAAGAACAGAACAUUAUUUGGGUAUCUUAGAUGUUCUUGGAAAAUGCGGUCAUUUUGUUGAGGCAGAGCAGUACAUCCACGAGCUUCCAUUUAAACCCACAGCUGAUUUCUGGGAAACCAUGAAGAACUAUGGUAAGCUACAUGGAGAUGUCGAUUUAGAAGAGUUUGCAGAGAAUUUGAUGGUUGAUCUUGACCCUUCAAAGGCUGUAAUCCACAAAAUUCCCACCCCUCCACCCAAAUCAUUCAAGGACACAAGUAUGGUUGCUAGUAAAAGUAGGAUCCUCGAGUUUCGGAAUCAGACUUUUUACAAGGAUAAAGCAAAGGAGAUGGCUGCAAUGAAGGGACCGGUUUAUGUUCCCGACACCCGAUGGGUUAUGCAUGACAUUGACCAAGAGGCCAAAGAAGAGGCACUGCUCCACCACGGCGAGAGGUUAGCGAUUGCUUAUGGUCUCAUGAACACGCCGGCUCGAAAGUCCCUCACAAUCCUGAAGAAUAUACGUGUCUGUGGGGACUGUCACAACUAUAUCAAGAUCAUGUCCAAAAUGGUUGGUAGGGAGUUGAUUGUGAGAGACAUCAAACGUUUCCAUCAUUUCAGAGAUGGUAAAUGUUCUUGUGGCGAUUACUGGUAGAGCUCAGUUUCUUGACCGGCGUUUUCCGUGGCUUCGUUUUCCCAUCAUGUAUAGCUCUCCAAAACUCUGCGAGCAGUUGGGAAUGAAAUAGAAUUUCGUCUUCUAUAGACCCUUUUACAUGAAGUAUAAAGUUUGUGUUUCUCC